GGCGCUUUGUGCAUGCGCGUUGUUGUGUGUCAUUACGGUAAAUCCCCCAGAGGGGUGUGUAUGUGCACGUAUGUGUGUGUAGUGCACAGAAAGGGAAGGCAUCACCGUGUUGCUUCUCCGGAGCUGAUUUCUUUUCUUUCCGGGCAGGAGAAUGCGAGCAGCGCUGCGCGUGCAGGCGGUGAGAGAGGAGGAGAGAAGAUGAACGGCGCGCUGUACAUCUCGUUUUUCCAGGGCCAGCUGGAGUCGGCGCUGGAGCAGGUGGUGCAGCUCGCCGUGACCGAGAUCACAGGCACGGUGGGGGCCAGUCUGAGCUCCAUGCUGCUGGAAACGGCCCGAAACGAGCAGGAGAACCAGCGGCUCAGAGCCACCAUCCAGUCCCCGAGACCGGCAGAGAGAGAGCGCGGGGACACCGCGGACCCCGAGCCCCAGCAUGCCGCCUCCGGGCCCGGCUCUGUCCCCGGCUCUGGCCCCGGCUCUGUCCCCGGCUCUGUCCCCGGCUCUGGCCCCGGCUCUGGCCCCGGGUCUCUCCCUGACUCUCUCCCUGACUCUCUCCGGCAGGAGCAGAAAAGACGAGCUGUGGGUCAGCUAAAGGUGGUGAUGGAACGUGUGCUGGAGUUUGCUGUGUGUGAGCUUAGUAAGAUCGUAGAGGACAGCUUCGAUGAUGUUCUUCUGGAGCUCAGGAAGACGGAGCGGGAGAAGGAGCAGCUGGUGGAGAAGCUACGUGGCGUGGCGGAGGAGAACGGAGCGGGUGACGCGGAGAUAAACGAGUCUCAGCGGGACAGGGUGGGAUCUCCAAAGAGCACGGAUGUAGUGAAGUAUGUGGAGAGAUCAGAUGAGGAAGAACGGGGAAUGGAACAGACGCAGAACUCUGAUGACUCCGCCCCCGCAGCAGUGAUCAGCGUGUCUCAGGACUGGGUUCCGGUGCUGGAUCAGGUGUUCGGUCAGAAGUGGUGUGCUGACAUUUGGCCCGUUAAAGAGCCAGGAGAGGUUAAAGCGGAGAGGCCACGUCUCCCUUCUGAAGAACCGGUUAGGGAAGAUUCGGCACCGCAGAGGAACGACGACAGCCAAUCAGAUCAGCCGCAGUGGCUGCAGGACGCCGAGGCCCUGAAUGUGACCUUUGACCCUCAGCAGACCUCAGAGACGAGCCUGACGGGAGAUGAUGUUCAGUUAAAAUCCCCGUCGAUGCUCCAUCGCCUCCUCACGCUCCCGUCUCAGAUGUUAGAUGGUGACGACGAGUCGAUGGAGCUGGAGGAGAGUCUGCUGAACGCCAUCACUUCGCUGCACGGAGAUCAGACGCCUCAUCAUGACACGGCCAGAGCAGACGAUCACAACGGCGGCGAAGACCUCGAGGACCAGGAGGAGGAGGGAGACCAGGAAGCAGAAGCGAAGCCGAGGUCCUGUAGAAGCGGGAGGAAGAACCACGUGUGUAAAACCUGUGGCAGGAAGUUCAGCCGAGCUCAGCUGCUCAAAGCGCACCGGCUCACGCACAAGGAAGCUCGCUCGCCGCUCUCCAAACUCCACGCCCACGCGUGCACGAAUUCGGGGAAGAACACAUGAGAGAACACGUGCGUGAGAGAGAAGCGGAACACGACGUGUUCACGUGGAGAUUCCAGAAGUUUCCACAGCCAGGCACGUGCUGAUAUUACACGUCUUACUUCGAUCAUUUCCCAGCAUUUUAUCACAUCAGCGCAUCAGAAAUCUGUCCAGGAAGACACGGGGCGGUGGUGAUGUUCUGAAGAAUCGCCGAUAACAGUGUACUCUGUAUUGAAUAUCGUGAUGUAUUGUUUAUUAAUGAUUAUCGACACGUGCCUAACAUCGUAAACUGAGAGUGUGAAGGUACAUCAAACAACGUAAGGAAUUUUUCAUUCUCCGCUUCAUCGUUCUGGUGUGUGUGUGUGUGUGUGUGUGUGUGUUGCAGGUAAGGAAGUGAUCUUUCAGUAUAUUUUAACCAUUUAAAUAUAUUACCGAAGAACCAGGGAGAGUUUUGUGUUGGAGAAAAGGCUCGUCUCUGGUUGUGUUUCCAUCCACACGUGCUAUUUAAACCGUCCAAGGCUGUGUCCCAGAUCAUAUCAUAAUGUCCACUGAGAGACAUUUGUGUCCCAGGACCUCGUUUCGACACCUGAUUAUGUGCAGUAACGUGCGGUUUGGGACACAGCCAUGGCGGUUUCCACACCGUCAUAUUAGAGCCCUGGAUAGGCCACAGAGGGCGCACUGAGGAACCUUCGGAGGAAAUCUUGCCAGAUAAUAAACCCUACGUUCAGGUUAACAGGAGCCAGUCGCUCGUGUGGCUUGUAGUUGCUGCAUCACUAAAUGUGCUCAAGCCCCGCCCACUUUCACAAGAACAGGACAUUUGAUUGACACUGCGUACGGCCAAUAGGACAUCACUGAAGAAGGCCACGGAUCAUUCUGGAAUGUUACACACUAAGCUCUUCGCUGGCGUUAAACGCAGUUGGAUGGAAACACAAACAUGAGGCGAGGAGGUCAUGUGACAGGAAGACUUAUCUCACUUCCUUUUAAUCUGAUGGAGUGACACGCUAACAAGCAACUCCCGAACAUUUUGAUUGUAAAUAAAUAAACAAACUCCACAGUCUUUGUUUUUACAGAAAUACCUCUUCACACGUUCUGACUGGAUUUAUCCGAGUGUUUAAUCGGAUCGAAACGACGCAAAUGAAGAACUAAACGUUUACGUGGCGAACUGCAUGACAGACUCGAUUAGAGAAAUACACCUCCAUUAGAAAUCCAUCAUGCAUGUGGAGAUUUAUGCAAAUUUAUGUUCCAUCUUCUGGAGCUUUACAGAAUAAUCCUAAACAUGGAUGUUGACAUUUCUCUCUUUGGCUUUAUAUGGAUUCCUGUGGAAACGUCGUGCACUAGCGUAGUGUCUUCCUGUUCUUCCUGUGCUUCAUUUCUGUAGUCAUGUGACCAUGAGGACUCCUCAACUGUGUAACCUUUCAUCACGGGUUUGACCACAAAAUCAUUAUUAUUUUUUAUUUUUAACAGAUUGAGCUCUGGCAGUAAAGAGCUAACACAACCAGCUAACAUUAGCUACUGACUUAGAUACAACAUUAGCGAGAUAAAUGUAACCACGGGAACAAAACACACGACUGUUAAUCGGAGAAGAAAGCGUACGCUACGCGACGCUAGCGUCAGUUCUGUUCAAAAAAACCAUUCUAAGCUGCCUCUCGACCAAUGAAACAUAAUUUCAAGAGUCCAGUAGUAGUAAUAAUAACAAUAAUAAUAAUAAUAAUAAUAAUAAUAAUGUGUGUUUUUAAUAUCGCAAUAUAUCGUACAACUGAUUAUUGGCACACGCCGGGUUCUGAGAGAGUUUAAUAAUAAAUGAUAAGCGAUUACUCCACUAAUAAUCAGACAUUCUCCUGAUUAAUGAAGAAUCUUAUUUAAAACCGAGAUUAGAUUUCAGUCUGAUUAAAAAUUUGCGUUAUAAUCUGAGGAGAAUGUCGGAUUUGUUUAUCAACCGACUCUGAUUUUCUAAACGACUGUUAGAGAAACUAGAGCUGGAUGAUGUGAUAAAGAAAUCAUAUCACGAUUCUCUGAGAUGUUUCUAUAAUACACGAUAUAUAACAUGUAUCUCGAACAAUUUCCCAGCAAAAAAAACCUGUUCGAUACUUUAUUUAAUGUCAUUUAAUAAUAUCAUUUAUUAUUUUGUUUAAUAACAUUUUGCAGUUUUAAAAAUGAAGAACAAAAUUAAGAGCAGCUGCUUCCAGUGAGUUUGUAAUUGUAAAAAAAAAAAACAUUAAAAUUAAAAAAAAUGAAUAAGAUAUCUUUGCAUUGUGAUGUAAUUUAUCACGAUACUGAUAUUUUGUCUUCAUAUUUCCCGGCUCUAAGAGAAACUUCCAGUGAAGGGAUGAAACGUUGUUCAUUUACAUUUUUAAGCAUUUGUAGUGUUUUGACCAGUUUAACGUUAUAACUGUAGAGCUGUAAUGAUGCGUCAGUAGAACAAACACACCACAAUAACGAUAUAUUCGCCAGUGAUGAUCACGUGGAACCGAUUAAAGCGUAUCGUUACAGCGUUUCGUUAUAACAGACCGUUUUGCACUUUGGGUUAUUUUCCACACAGCCGUACCUCAUUGUGGCGUAAAGUCGUCGUAGCUCAUUACCUCAGAACACAGGGUUAUUAUUUUAGCAUGAUUUGGUUUAGUUUUGUUUUUUUUUUUUAGCUCAUUUACGUUUGUAUGUUUUUAUAAAAAUGUCAUUGGGGUAACAGACAGAGGUUUUAUGCUGAAAUGCACUAGGUCAAAAAAAAGCAAAUGGAAACAAUCCAUCGUUUCUGCACAGAGACUUUAUAAUCCACUCGAAAAAGAACAGACGUGUGAAUGAAGUCUCGGUGCUUAAACAAUACAAAAGUCACAAAUCUAAAAAAGGCCAAUGAUUUUAUUCUGUACAGACUUUUUUUUUUUUUUUUUUGUAAUCUUUAAUUCUAGUUAGUUGUGAUUUUUAUUUUACUUUUGAGUUUUCUUACAAUAUUCUUUAGAAAUAAAAUUGUCGAUGGUGGGAUUGAUUUAUGUUUUUUUUUUUUAAACCAGUUUUAUCCAAAUACUUUUUAAAAAGGGACAAAGUGUGAGAUUAUUUCCAAACAACAUUUUUUUAAAUUAUACUAUGCUGCAGUAAACAGAAAAAUGAAACUUAUAGAAUGGUAAUUGUGAAAUGUUAUUUUUGAAUGUGCACAAAAUGAGAAUAGAGAGAAUUCAAAUAUUUUGGGAAUUUAUCUUGACAUAUUUUUUCCCCCUUUUUUGUUUCUUUUCCUCCCAUAAUAAUGGAAGUUGUUCCUGUCUGCUUAAACAUUUUACUUUUAUAUACACAGUUCCCUCCAAAAGUAUUGGAACGGCAAGGCCAGUUCUCUUGUUUUUGCUCUACACUGAAGACAUUUGAGUUUGAUAUCAGAAGAUGAAUAUGAGACGAUAGAUCAGAAUUUCAGCCUCAUUUCCUGAUAUUUACAUCUAAAUGUGUUAAACAACUUAGAACACGGCACCUUUUCUGACAGACAACCCAGUUUUUAGGUGAGCAAAAGUAUUGGAACACAUAGUUCUAAAGUAAAUAACACUUAAUAUUUGGUAGCAUGUCUCUCGCUUGUAAUAACUGCAUCACGCUGGUGACACACUGACAUCACCAAACUGCUGCGUUCUUCUUUUGUGAUGCUUUUCCAGGCUUGUAGAGCAGCUUCUUUCAGUUGUUGUUAGUUUUGGGGGGUUUCUCCCUUCAGUCUCCUCUUCAGGAGGUGAAAUGCUGCUCAGUUGGGUUAAGGUCUGCUGAUGGACUCGUCCAGUCUAAAACCUUCCACUUUCCCCCUGAUGAAGUGCUUUGUUGUGUUGCUGUGUGUUUUGGUUCGUUGUCUUGCUGCAUGAUGAAGCUCCUCCUGAUUAGAUUGGAUGCAUUUCUCUGUAAAUUGUCAGACAGAAUGUUUCUGUAGGUUUCUGAAUUCAUUCUGCUGCUACCAUCAUGAGCUCCAUCAUCAAUAAAGAUUAGUGAGUCUGUUCCAGAAGCAGCCAUGCAAGCCCAAGCCAUGACACUACCUCCACCAUGCUUCACCCAUGAGCUCGUAUGUUUUGAGCAGAUCCUUUCUUCCUCCACACUUUGGCCUUUCCAUCACUUUGGUAGAGGUUCAUCUUGGUUCCAGAACUUUUGUGGUUCAUCUCUGUAUUUCUCUGUGAAUUCCAGUCUGGCCAUCUGACUCUUACUGCUGAUGAGAGGUUUGCAUCUUGUGGUUUGGCCUCUAUAGUUCUGCUCUUGAAGUCUUCUUCAAAUGGUGGAUUGUUAUACCUUCACCCUGCCCUGUGGAGGUUGUUGAUGAUGUCACUGACUGUUGUUUUGGGGUUUUUCUUCACAGCUGCUGCUGUUUUCCUCACAUGAUCUGUUCCAUGUCUGGUUGUUAGAACACCAGUGGUUUCUUUUGUUUUCAAGACAUUCCACAUUGUUGUAUUCCCAGUGCUUGUGAAAUGUCUCUGAUGGAUUUUCUCUUUUCUCAGCUUCAGAAUGGCUUGCUUUUCUCUCUUCUCUCUGGUCUUCAUGUUGGUUUAUUCUUUUUAACAACACAUGCAGUCUUCACAGGUGAAACCCAGAGCUCAAACCAAGAGUACACAUUCAGAGCCAUUGAUUGUUGAAACAAUAAGUCUAACAGGACACACCUGGGCAACAAGAAACACCUGUCAGUCACAUGCUCCAAAAGGUGCCGUGUUCUAAGUUGUUUAACGCGUCUAGAUGUAAAUAUCAGGAAAUGAGGCUGAAAUUCUGAUCUAUCGUCUCAUAUUCAUCUUCUGAUCGCAAACUCAAAUGUCUUCAGUGUAGAGCAAAAACAAAAGAACUGUCCUUGCUGUUCCAAUACUUUCGGAGGGGACUGUACAUGUAUGUAUGUAUGUGUAUGUGUAUGUGUGUGUGUGUGUGUGUGUGUGUGUGUGUGUGUGUGUGUGUAUCUCCGAGGCUGUAGAUGAUGUGAUUUAUAGAAUUGCGAUAAAUAAGAAACUGAAUGAAUUAUGCAACGAGUAAUGAAGCUACGGUUUUAUUGACAGUUUUCCCUGAAAUAUAAGAAGCUUGUUUUUGUUAAAAAAUAUAUAUAUAUUUUUCUUUCCCCCUCAUUCUGAUUUUUGGAUUUUUGUUGGAAUCUGGAUAGUUAAUUGUGUGAAAAAUUAAUAAAUGCGUUAUGUAUAAACUAAACAUUCUGUCCACACCGUGCUCUCUUUAUUUUUUUCUAUUGUAUCUUUAAUCUCUGUGUAAUAAUAAAGGUACUAAACUGGACCUGUUCCUCACU